ACCAUGCUGCAGGCCAUCUUCUACGCCCGAUUCCACCCCGAACGAGGCCCGUCCAUCGUCCAUCAAUACCCCGAUCACUCCAUCAUCUCGCCCAACAGUAGCGAUGACCAUCCACCUCCGAUCCUGACUUGGGCCGACAUCUCCGCCUACAUCAUCCCUCCCUACGACGUCUGCAAUCGCCCGCUCGCUAUCUGCACCAACGACGUCCGCGUCAUCGCCCUGCCCGUCUCCCUCGAAGAUGCCAAAUACGCCCGCAACCGAUUCACGUUCAACAUCGGCUUCGUGGUCGCCGAGGACGAACCGGUCCAACCGUGGGAGCAGGUCCUGCGCAAGACUUCCCGCUUCCUGUGUCAAUUGGAGAUCGAGGAUGGCCUGCUCGCGGUCGAAGAACACCUCGCCGGGCUGAAAUGGGCGGGCGAGGAUGGGUAUCCCGCUCGUCGGGUCGGCAUCGUACACGAUCUCCUGCGGGACGUCUUCGAUCAGCUCAACGACUACGGCGAGGCGUGUGUGCAGCUGAACGACUUUCAUGUUCUCAAUUUACGGCUCGAGGGUCCCGAAGACCACGAUCGCCGCGACGACGUUUCGACCACGCACAACCCGGUCCGCCCGUGGCAUGUUCCUCUGCUGAUCCGCGACCUGCCCGAUCCAUCGACCUGGACGUGGGAUCUCACCCUCCGCCGCAUACACCCUUAUAUGGACGGUGUCAAUCACAUCCAGCGGAUCUCCGAGCUCGCCGAUGUCGAACUGCGCCUCAUCAAGCGUGCGGUCCGCGAGAUGAUCCAUCACGGUCGGGUCAUCCUCCUCGACAUCUUCCACUACCAAGCCGUCUAUGCAGGCGCGAGCGGUCUCGUCGAGUUCAUCAAGGACGUCGAUGUUCAAGACGAAUGUUGUGCGUACGUCGCCCUCCCACAGCCGCCUCCCUCCUCCACCAACAGCAACAAAGCACCCACUUCGGCGCCAGCGGUCCCUUCAGCACCGCCGCCGCCCACCCGACAAUUCGUCAUCGAACUCUACUCUGCUCUCCAGCCCGGCGUGUCCGUCGCCGACUUCUGCCUCGCACAUCACGACGGCAACCCCAGCAAGCUCCCGCUGAACGCCCUCCUCGACGUCCGGCGUCUCAUCACCUUUGGCGUGAUCAAAGGCAUCCUCCGCCGCCAGCAGAAAUACGCCCUCGCCAUC